AUGAGCGGUGCUGCCAAAGAUUUGUCCACAGCGGCAACCCCGCUUCACAACUCGACCAACACGACCGGCACCAACGCCUCGAUCGCGUCGUCCAUCAGCAACCGCCGAGGCUCCGUUUCCACACCUUCCAAGCGACUCUCUGCGCUAGUUGUCGCAGCCCCCUCUGCGGAUGACUUCCGGAAAACGUUUGGGCAGGAAACGGCUGCGCCCCCUCAGCAACUCACAGCGACAACAAACGCGUCAACCGAUCGCCCAGUCAGCGCAGGCGCGGAGAACGACGUGGCCAUCUCGUCCUUGGAUGCGAUUGCCAUGCCGGCCGCGCGUCGACCUCCACUCGAAGUCGGUCUUGGCCUUAUGCUGGACGAGAGUUCCCUCACGUCCGCGCGCACCUCUCUCGAAGUUGACUCCGCGGCACAACUCCCAACUUCGCCGCCUCUCUUGAGCACGCCUGCGCUCAACGCGUCAUCACACGUGUCGGUCAACCCUUCUACUUCGAUCGGUGGAAAAGCGGCGGCAGACGUGCGUCAACUACUGAGUGAACUUGGGAUCGACGAUGACAUUUCUGCGGCCCAUAGCGUGGAGGAACGACCUCGGCCCAGCUCGACGCCCUCACCGACGAAUCGUGCUGCUGGCCCACCUGGGUGGAACAACUCCGCAGCAUUGUCCGGCAGCAAUUCACCGCCCGGGACGUCUGCGAGCGCGAUGUCUUCGCUGUUAACACGGCGUGGUGAUACUCUUCCUCGGCUCAGCACGGUCACUACGUCUUCUGGAUCGACGUCGUCGCCGCUUAUGAUUUUCACCGGAUCGCCCAACCCCCAAACGACGCCGCGUUCGUUCUCGCCCUCGUGCUCAUCGCGAACGUCUGUGUCGCCAACCCCUUCGCCUACAGCGCAUUCGACGUAUGUGGUGCCCGUUACUGCUCGAACGCCGACGGGCUCCGCUUCGGCAUCGGGCACCUCUGCGCCUAUGGCCCGCGUCGGCUCGGCCGUAGCCUCGGCGGCCAUGGAUCGGAAUGCGUCCGGAUCCAAGUCCCGGACCAGCGAUGUGCACUCGCGACACCAGAGCCUGACGUCAGCAUGUGCUCCCGUUACGAGCUCCUACACCUCGACCACUCCAGAUCUUGGCAGCGGCCUGCUAGCUACCCUCAGCCCUGCUAACGGUGCCCUCUCCAGUGCAAGCGCGUACCCAGCAUCACCGACGACUUCGCAGCGGGGAUGGAAGGUCUACGACUGGGGCUCGGGGUCAUCAAAAGAAAAGGACGUAUUUUCUUCCCCCACAAGGACCAACGAUGAAGACCCCCGCAAGGGCGCCAAGGGCGCGCCGGGACAUCCUUCUCGAACCGAACAGCUCGUUGCGCUCCCAUCCACGCUGCUCGGCCUUUUCUUGGCCCCCCUCUACGGCUCACCGCGCGACCAUGCCCACUACUCUCCGACUCUGAACGCGAGCACUAUGCCGACGGCAAAGGCAAAGCGACAGCCUCUGCUACUGCGAACACUUCUGCUCGCCUAUCUCGUGUUCUCGACCGUCUUUUUCGGCCUGCACCUUGCCUCAGUCAUCACCGGCCGUCCAUCACAACCGCCCAAACGUUUAGGGCCCCGUGGCGACGAAGUCAGGGGGCUGCAAGUGCCUCUCGGCAGCCGCGAGCUUCCCCUCGCUGGAGCAGGAAAGUUCGUGCUCGGCAAAGUCGGCGCCGAAUGGGCCCAGAAGGUCGCCGAGGGUGUCAGGUGGGGCAAGAUGGCUAUCGUCCCCGCACCAAAUGUGCCCCUCGAUGCCAUGGCGGACAUCUCGCCCGAGUCCUCACCUUUUGAUACCGUUCGUCGAGUCGGCAGCGGUGGUAAGCUUCCUUUCCUCUUGCGUAAGGUGCACCCUCUGAGUCUUGCCGUGACUGACCCCGGACUUGACGAUUCGAACGCGCAGCAAUCGCAAAUCGACGACCCGAGGAUAACCCGUUGACAUCAUUGACACACACGUACCGGUUCGCGAAAAUGCACGAGAAGAUACAUACGGGUCAACACGAUGAGAUCGUUCCCUACGCGUUCAGAGCAACAGGAGUUCCCAACACCCAAGAUGUUACAGCCGCGCUGUACUCGAAUGAAGCCUGGCUCUCCGUUUUGCCGGCAUUCCUUGAGGCCUGGAAUGGCCCCGUGUCGCUUGUAUUUGAGACGGCGCAUUCCAGAACCUCAAGCCUUCGGUCGGACUUGAUGAAGAAGCUCGCUGCCCUACGACAGUCGAACGACUCGGUCCGCAAAUACGUCGACAUCCACAUCGUAGGGGCUCCAGUCGGCACGAGUGAGCACAUGCUGAAUCGUUCCCGGGAGCGUAUGAUCGAACGACCCCUGGCCCGCAACUUCCACCUCAACCUGGGCCGAUUUUUCGCACCGACGGAAAUGGUGUUUCUAGUGGGUGACGCACGUAUCACACCAAGCCCCGGGCUGAACCGUCGACUCAACGGCGCAACUGUGCGUGAUUUGGUUUUGUCCCGCGGUGAUGCUGUCGUGGUGGCAUCAUUCGCUUUCGUUCGUGAUCCUCGCAACGACCCGAAGACGUUCAAUCGACCAUCUUUGCACCAACUGCGAGCACAAUUGGGACUGCCUGCUUCAAGCAAGUGGGCUGGGGUCGCGCACGAAGAGUUUGAUGUUCUCGCUGCAGAACACAUUCAGAUGCUCGAGUCGACCUUGCCUCUCGCGCGUGCAGAGUGGCCGACCAAGAAGGCUUCGCUCGUGACGCUUGUCAAUACACGUUCAGGCUCACCGUCAAAUCCGACCACAGCACGCAUGGCUCUGUUCGAUCGCAGGUGGGAUCCCAACCACGGGCCGACCAACUGGUACCUGUGGCGCAAAUCGGCUACGGACGCUCGCCUUCUCGAGAAACCCGAAUCGGGCGGCGGUGUCGGCCUCGGCGUGGGUGGUCGUGUUGGGGGAGGUAACGAUGUUUACCGCGUCCUCGACUACGACCUCCAUUUCGCGCCUUUCGUCGUCGUCUCCAAAAAGGGCCAGCCGUGGUGCACCGAGCGCUUUGAAGAGAUGCCCGCUGCUUGCGUCUAUCAAAUGUACCUGGCGGGUGCAGAGAUGUGGGUCUUGCCUGAUGAAUGGGUCUUCACCAAGGAGAUGAUCGAGAAGCGAGCCGACUCGCACAACGAGGACCCCGCGGAGAAGCUCAAGAACUCGAUUUCGUCGCGCUUGUACGGCAAGUUCCAUCAAGAAGCCUGCAUGCACUACGGUCGAGAAUUUCUCUCCCUUUCGAUGUGGGAUUCAGAAAAAGCGCAGAAUUGUCGCAAGACUUGCGCGAGGGUGAGUCAGAGAAGAGAUCUGGUCUCGGGAGCCUCAUGA